UGCCUACAGGGUCAACUGCCCGCCAAACUGGCAUCGCAGGACGCCCGCCCUUUGAUUAGCCUCUCUGAUCCGCACUCACUCACCCACGUUGCUGCCUUAGGGUAAGACCUUUCUAGUCUUUAUAGGCUUCCUCUCCCUCGGUGCAUAUGACUGUUUUCUUGCACAACCUCUCAUCCUGUCGUGUCUGUUCCUUAGAUUUCCUUUGCUCAGGCUUCUCUUUCAGUCGGCUCCUUAAUAUCUUUCCUUUGCCCUCUUUCUCAGGUUCAGUUCUAAUUCAAAUCUUUACCCUACCUGCCCCUCUAUUGCAAUACCCCGCCAUAUCUGAUAUCUUUACUACACCACCACGUCCACUUCGAACCAGCGCUCGCAACAUGUGUUAUCUGGUAGUGGAACGAUAUAGCGUCUGCAGAUGCCUAUACUAUCAACAUUCGGUUGAUAUGUGCUCUGCGUAUGGACAGAAGGGUCAUGGAAUAACUGAGAGAACUGUGUUGGUUGGGUACGCCUGUGAGAAACACACCAACUACCAACAAGAAGCAUCUUCGUCGAGAGACGGCUAUUCGGACAGCGGCUAUGGCACAGCGAGCCAUGGAUCGCAUCACCACUCAUCUCGCCGUCACCGCAGAUGAAACGUACUGUCUUCGAUAACUGGGUGUUCAUGGCUAUCAUCAACUUUGGUCCGCUUCGAGUUUGACCAUUGGAGGCACUAUCUCUUCUCAUUCCGGGCAAGGACGUCCUCUGCGCCGCCCUCACAGCUCACUCUCCUGCUCGUUGGCCACGAUCGAUUUAUGUCGUCUUCUGCCCCUUGAGAGUUGCGGCGCAAACCCUUCCCCGAGUCAAUCCGUCCCCAUCACCCCC